AUGCUCCGACGGUUCGCGCGCGCGCUGGGCGGAAAGACCCCGUCGUCGUCCAAGCGCUCGAGGGCGAGCGCGCUCGAGCGGGACGACGACGGAACGACGCCGCGGUCGGUGUCGAAAGCGUCGCUCGUGGAACUCGGCGCGCUCGAGCGAUGCGCGGUCGUUCGACGACCGAGCGCGAGGAACGCGUCGCCGUACGUCGCGGACGUGGAGCGCGGGGAGACGAAAACGAUCGCGAUCGCGCACGCGCCGAAUCUGGACUCUGGAGGGAAGUUUCGCGCGGGGGCGGAGGUUUUGUGCUCGAGACAGCCCGGCGUGGACGCGAACACGCUCGGGACGCGCGGUAAACCGAAGUGCGAGCUCGUGACGAGACUGUUGAGAUGCGAAGAGCGAGAGAACGCGGCGUUGGGAGGGGUGUGGGUGAGCGCGCAUCCGAGCUUGGUGGAGAAGAUCGCGAAGGGGUUGAUCGAGGGCGGGGCGUUGGACGCGCGCCUGCACGGGUCGCCGGUGGAGCGAGACGGCGUCUCGGCGCAGACGACGAUGAAGCGGCGGAAGACGGAGAGCGCGUCGAAUAACUAUCGUCCAGACUUCGUGUUGAAUCACAAGGAUGGAUCUAGGACUAUUUUAGAGGUGAAGCAAGUCGUAGAUACGGAUUACUCGCGAGAGUUUGUGGAGGAACGCGCGCGAUUACAGGCACCGCAUCCUGUGUACUCGCCGAGCGGCUCUGCGCCGUACGCGCGAGCAGGUAUAUUUCCGUGGGGCAAACGAGGUCAAAAAGGACCGGACGGAGAAAAUGUGGUUAGUGCGCGGGCGAUCGAGCAUCUGCGCGAGCUAACCGAGUUGGCGAAGGAUCCAAAUGUGCACCCAGUGAUUCUCUUCAUCUGCAGCCGAGCAGACGUGGAGGGAUUUCGCCCCAACGGUGCAGCGUGUCCGUCGUUCGCGAAAUAUUUAGAGCUCGCUCAACACGCGGGGGUUCGAAUUCUAGUACAAAAAGUGUGUUGGGGUGAGGGCGAAGACCUCGGGAAGGCGUUCGACGCAGGGCCGCUGCCAAUAUGGCCUGCGCUUGGGGAGGGUGAUGAGUUCAAGUGUAGUGAGAACAGGUAA